AUGUCACGCCCUCCUCCACGGUCGCUUGAGGAGUUCUUCUACCGCAAGUUGAUGGAUUCGCCAGCGUUCCAUAACUGGGUACGGAAGAUCCAUGCGAGAAUAAACCGAAUAGACUAUACUCCCCACCCAGACACCAAGCCCAAGAUCAAGUUGAACUAUCUCAGCUACAAGCCUACAACUUUCCAUAAGGUAAAUGCAUUCCGUGUUAUCUGGGCCGAUGAAAUGAAGCGGUCGUUCCGUUUCUGGAGCUAA